CAGGGCAAGUGUCCUCUCGGUGCUGGGUAGUCCUAACUCUGUGGACACCCAAGGUGUCCUGUCCCCCAAAGGCAAAGCCACCUGGUGACAACAAGCUAAGGAAUGUUGCCUCAACCCCUCUCCAGGGUUCCCACCACCAGCCACGAGCAGCACCAUGCAGACGCCAGGCAGGAGCGGUUGGGACAGAAAGGAGAUGGCCCUUUCAGAAGGGCUAACUUCAUAUUACCGCCACCCUCUUGCAGUUGCUUUUUUCUUAACGAUGAUCCACCAUAUCAAAACACGUGUCCACAUGUGUGUUCCCAAGUGCAUCACAAGGGUGAAACCCACCCCAUUUCUGAUAUAUCGCUUCUGUCAGGGAGGUAGGCACACAGCCCAUCUAUCUGAGUUAUCUCACGCCACGUCUGAACCACCAGCUACAGGCUUUCCCCUCAAAGGGAAGAGCUUUCUGCUGCAGGAGGUGGACGCAGCAAACAGCGCCAGCUUCGCAGGGAUUUUCUGGUUUAUCAUUAUUUUCUCCUGGGAGGGCAGCCUGGCUGCACGCUCCGGUGCUCCGUCACACGCCCGUUUCAGCCUUUAAUCCUGACGGCAAACCUCACCCCCAGGGCUGCACAUGCACCAUGGGAGAUCGUGCAGGUUUUCUGCCCACAGCACCUCUCCCUCAGACUAUUUUGGCAGCUGGCUGCUGAAAUCUGGGACAGUCAGAGCCAGGAACAGGAGCUGGGACACCGGGGCCCAAGCGUUGAUGUGGCACUGAGCAGCACCGCGCCUGGCUUUGCGCAGCUCAGCCAGGGAAAAGAGGAGGAAAACCAACUCCUGCCCUUUAAAUCUGGACAAAACAGGUUUCUAAUUAAAGCAGCCCUUAAUCAUUAGCGCUGGAUGAGUGCAGCGCUGGUGGAUAUUUAAUGCAAACAGCGAGUUGGUUGAAACUCUCUCAUACUGGCUCUGUCUUUGUCCCUCAGUGCACGGGGGAAUGGGUGUGAUCCGCCAGUAGGAGUGUCUGCAGCUAAGUAGAGGAUUGAAUUACCGAGCACUGCCGUUCCCUAGCUGACAAGGUAGCAGAACAGCAAACAAAAAGUGCCUUGAAACUAGCUCACCAAAGAGGAGAGAAAGUGCUGGGUGUGCGGAGAAGGGAGACCUGCGAGGACACCACCGUGCGCAUUGCAAGCUCAGAGUGCAGGAUGGCAGACGGUGACACAAAUCUUCCAACUAUCGAGAGAAGGCUGGGACUGCAGAUAUGGGGCAUAGAGAAUAUGAAGAUGGUUCCUGUACCUGAAAAAGCUUAUGGGACUUUUUUUGAAGGGGACUGUUACAUAAUUCUGCACAGCAAAAGAACCUCUCGUGGCACGGCUGUGGAUUUGCAUUACUGGAUUGGCAAGGAUUCGUCUCAGGAUGAGCAAGGUGCCGCGGCCAUGUACGUCACCCAGCUGGACACUGCACUCAGGGGAAACCCUGUGCAGCACCGGGAGGUGCAGGGACACGAGUCUGAGACCUUCCAAAGCUAUUUUCGCAAUGGCAUUAUCUACAAGAAGGGAGGAGUGGCUUCAGGAUUUAAGCAUGUGGAGACCAAUAUGUACAACAUCAAACGUCUUCUUCAUGUCAAGGGGAAGAAGCAUGUGACAGCCACGGAAGUAGCACUUUCCUGGGACAGCUUCAAUAAGGGUGAUGUGUUCUUGCUGGACCUCGGGAAAGUGCUGAUCCAGUGGAAUGGACCCAACUGCAACAUUGCUGAGAAAUCCAGGGGCCUCGCAUUGGCUCGUAGCAUCAGGGACAGUGAAAGAGGUGGCCGUGCUCAGAUCGGCAUCAUUGACAACGAGAAGGACUCCCCUGACCUCCUAAAAAUCAUGAAGAUGGUGCUGGGGGAGAGGCGUGGGGAGCUCCGAGAUGCCAUCCCGGACACGAAAGCAGACGAGCUGCAGAAAUCAAACGUCCGGCUCUACCAUGUCUACGAGAAGGACAAUGACCUGGUGGUACAGGAGAUAGCCACCCGGCCUCUGACACAGGACCUGCUCCAGCACGAGGACUGCUACAUUUUAGACCAAGGUGGCUUUAAGAUUUAUGUCUGGAGAGGAAAAGCCUCCAACCAGGAAGAGAAAAAAGCAGCCUUCACUCGAGCUGUGGGUUUUAUCCAGGCCAAAGGCUACUCUCCUUCUACCAACAUCGAAGUGAUCAACGAUGGUGCAGAGUCAGUCAUGUUCAAACAGCUCUUCCAGAAGUGGACAGAAAAAGAUGAAACACUAGGGCUUGGCAAGGUCUAUACCGUUGGCAAAACUGCCAAGGUGGAGCAGGUGAAGUUUGACACGACUCAGCUCCAUGCCAGACCAGAGGUAGCAGCUGAGCAGAGAAUGGUGGAUGAUGCCUCUGGGGACAUUGAGGUGUGGAGAAUUGAAGACCUACAAAUGCAACCGGUGAAUCCCAAGACAUAUGGGCAGUUCUACGGAGGCGAUUGCUACCUGGUCCUGUACACCUACCUCAGAUCAGGCAGGCCUCACUAUGUCCUCUACAUGUGGCAGGGUCGCCAUGCCUCUGUGGAUGAAAUCACUGCCUGUGCCCUCAAUGCCAUUGAGCUGGACAAAAAGCACGGGGACGAGGCUGUGCAGGUGCGCGUGACCAUGGGCAAGGAGCCAGCACACUUCCUGGCAAUCUUCAAGGGCAAGCUGAUCAUUUACGAGGGUGGCACGAGCCGGGCCCAAAAAAGCAUGCCCGAGCCAGCGAUCCGCCUCUUCCAGGUGACGGGCACAAGCGAGAUGAACACCAAGGCCACGGAGGUGCCAGCCCGGGCCUCUUCUCUCAACUCCAAUGACGUCUUCCUGCUGGCCACCAACCAAGUCUGCUAUCUGUGGUGUGGGAAGGGCUGCAGCGGAGAUGAGAGGGAAAUGGCAAAGAUGGUGGCCGACAUCGUCUCCAAACGGGACAAGCACACCAUUUUGGAGGGACAAGAGCCAGCAGAGUUCUGGGAAGCGCUGGGAGGCAAAGCCCCUUAUGCCAGUGAAAAGAGGUUUCAAGAGCAGAUCACACGCUACCAGCCUCGCCUCUUUGAGUGUUCCAACCAGACAGGGAGGUUCAUCAUGACAGAAGUGGUGGGCUUCUGCCAGGAAGACUUGGACGAAGACGAUGUCAUGCUGCUAGACACUUGGGAAGAGAUUUUCCUUUGGAUUGGCAAAGCCUCCAACACAUAUGAGAGGAACGAGGCAAUUGCUUCAGCCAAGGAGUAUCUCAAGACCCAUCCAGCAGGGAGAGACUUGGCAACUCCAAUAAUACUGGUGAAGCAGGGUUGUGAACCCCUCAACUUCACAGGAUGGUUCAACGCUUGGGACCCCUACAAAUGGAGUGAUGGCAAGUCCUAUGAAGAGAUGAAGAACAGCUUAGGAGACAUGUCGGCUAUCUCUGAGAUUACAGUGGACCUUAACAACAUCAGUCUGAGCAAGAAAACCCUCAGCAUGACCAACUUGGCUGUUUCAAGUACAGUGAGUGCUUCCCCCGAGUAUAAAUCCCACUUCAACCACACCGACAGCAGCAGCUACACCAACAGCAGCAGCUACAACAACAGCAGCCCUUCCCCAAUGCCCAAUGGUGAAGGAAUUUACUCCCGGGAGGUGCUGAUGAACAAGACUGUGGAUGAACUUCCAGAAGGAGUGGAUCCCACUAAAAAAGAGUACUAUCUCUCUGACGCUGAUUUCCACGAUAUCUUCGGGAAGUCCAAACACGAGUUCUACCAGAUGCCCAAAUGGAAGCAGCAGAAUGAGAAGAAGCAGUGUGGACUCUUCUGAGCCUGCAGGGGCCACCCAGCAUCCAGUGACUCUGGGACCAACCUUUGCUCUCUUAGGAGCUGCAGGGAGGAAGUACAGACAUUUGCUCAACGAACCCAACCCAACAUCUUAAUCAGGCCAAGCUCCAACGCAGUUAUUCCAGCAGCCACUGUUCAGGGGAUGGCUCCUUUCUCCCUGCAAAUCACCAAAACAAGGAGACAAAACCUUUUGCAGAAUGGCUUUGCAGGAUGUUUUUGCCUCUUUUGGACACUUUAUUGCUGAUAGCCAUUAAGACAAGUGUGUGUCACAGCUGUGUUGUAGCCUCUUCUUUUCCUCUCCCUUCUGCAGUUUGCCACAUCCACAAGGUCACGAUCUUCCUUCAUUUGGAGAAGUUUAAAUUUAGGCAAGACAAGGGCCACUUGUAGCUGUUAUGUAAAUUCUGCGUGGGAAGAUGAAGGGGAAAGCCCUAAGGGUUAGGGAGGAAGCCUUGGGGUCAGGAAAAGGCAGUGGAGUAGCCAGAAGUGUGGUGGGGCAGCCCAUGGGGUGUGACUGGCCAGUUCAGCCCCUUCUCACCCUGCAGAAAAGCUACUCCUCAUAAGCCAGCAAGGAUCAAUUGUAGACUAACAUGCAUAGCCUAAUAUAGGUAAAACAAAUAAAAAAUGGGUUGGGAAAAAAUACAUAUUUAGAGCAUAUUUAUUAGCUAAUCUAUUUCAAGAAGAUGACGAGAUUAAAGGUUAGAUGCAGCUGUU